CAGUAUGACAUGCAGAUGAGUGCCGUCGAUCUUAGAAAUCACCGCACACUUCACUCAUUUGGGCAGUCACGGGGCCAAAACCAGAGUGUGGAGCCACAGUGUGUGGCGGUGGAGGCAGCAGCAAUGGGAGGCCAUACAGCACCCUAUGACAAAAUGGAACCCACCAGCAGUGUGAGGAGACCUGAAAGUGGCACAUGGCAGAGUGUGGCGAUGGAGACAGCAGCAAUGGGAGGCCGUACAGGGACCCAUGACACACUCUGGACCUGGCAGCAGCAUGAGGAGGGGGUACAGGGGCCCAUGGCGCAGGGUGGCGGUGGAGGCAGCAGCAAUGGAAGGCCAUACAGCACCCUAUCACAAAAUGGAACCCCACCAACAGUGUAAGGAGACCUGAAAGUGGCACAU